AUGGCCACAGCUGCCUCGAAUCCCUACAGCAUUCUCAGUUCUAGCUCCCUAGUCCACGCGGACUCUGCGGGGAUGCAGCAGGGGAAUCCUUUCCGAAACCCUCAGAAACUUGUCCAAAGUGAUUACUUGCAGGGAGUUCCUAGCAAUGGGCAUCCUCUUGGGCAUCACUGGGUGACCAGUCUGGGCGAUGGAGGCCCAUGGUCUUCCACACUGGCCGCCAACCCUCUGGACCAGCAGGACGUGAAGCCCGGACGCGAAGACCUACAGCUGGGUGCGAUCAUCCAUCACCGCUCACCGCACGUCGCCCACCACUCUCCGCACACUAACCAUCCGAAUGCCUGGGGGGCUAAUCCGGCUCCGAACCCGUCCAUCACGUCAAGCGGCCAACCCCUUAACGUGUACUCCCAGUCGGGCUUCACCGUGAGCGGCAUGCUGGAGCACGGAGGGCUCACUCCACCGCCGGCCUCCGCCUCCGCACAGAGCCUACACCCGGUGCUCCGGGAUCCCCCAGACCACAGCGAUCUAGGCUCGCACCACUGCCAGGACCACUCGGACGAGGAGACACCAACCUCGGAUGAGUUAGAACAGUUCGCCAAACAGUUCAAACAAAGAAGAAUCAAAUUGGGCUUCACGCAGGCCGACGUGGGGCUGGCGCUAGGCACACUGUACGGCAACGUUUUCUCACAGACCACUAUCUGCAGGUUCGAGGCCUUGCAGCUGAGCUUCAAGAACAUGUGCAAGCUGAAGCCGCUGCUGAACAAGUGGCUGGAGGAGGCUGAUUCGUCCACUGGGAGCCCGACCAGCAUUGACAAAAUCGCUGCUCAGGGCCGCAAGCGCAAGAAGCGAACCUCCAUCGAGGUGAGUGUCAAGGGCGUACUGGAAACGCAUUUCCUCAAGUGUCCCAAGCCUGCCGCGCAGGAGAUUUCCUCGCUGGCAGACAGCCUCCAGUUGGAGAAAGAAGUGGUGCGUGUCUGGUUCUGUAAUCGAAGACAGAAAGAGAAAAGAAUGACUCCACCAGGGGAUCAGCAGCCACAUGAGGUUUAUUCACACACCGUGAAAACAGACACGUCCUGCCACGAUCUCUGA